AGGGUGCACAAAAAUGAUAUUUUAUCGAUAAAAUUGGACGGCGUUUAGAAUCCCCUUAAUAAAGAAUUUACGAAUCUAUUUUGUUUACAGUAAGGGCGCUGGGCGUAGCGGCGACGAAAUGAAGCAUGCAGCAUGCGUGGUAGCAGUGACGGCUGCGCGGUCUUGCCUUCAACCCCUAGUGCCUGCCAGUCGCUAUCUUGCUGUAUAUGCUCUUCCUGGUGAUCCUUUCUACUUCAUCGUUGAUGCUAAGUCGAGAGUGAAGGAAGUUUAUACGCAAAUGUGCAUACUUCUCAGUCAGCAGGGUAUGCGAGAUUGUGAACUUUUCGGCUUGGCAAUAUUGUCUGAUGGCGAGUACCUCUUUGUGGAUCCCGAGAAUAAACUAAACAAAUAUGCCCCAAAGAAUUGGCGAAACUCUCAUACAUUUGGUUUAGAUAGCAGUGGAAGACCAGCUUUUGUUCUAUAUUUUCGAGCGUUUUAUAUUGAUACGCCAUUGCUCUUAAGCGAUGAGACAACGAGACAUCAUUAUUAUCUGCAGUUACGUGACAAUGUCGUCAGACAUGGCGGCGGAGUGGAGAGCCUCCAUCCUCAUCAUCCCCUUCACAAUUCAUCCAUCAUUACGUCACUAUUCGCCCUCGCUGGACUUGCUCUUCAAGCUGAUCUUGGCGACUAUUCGAAGGAACGGCAUAGACCACACGCAGGAUCUGUCGGCUACUGCAAAUUCACAGAUUAUCUUCCUUCUCAUAUAUGUCUUGAGUCGAACAUGCUCACUGCGCUCGCAGUCCAACAUAAGGAGAACAGUGGACUCUCCAGAGAGGAGGCAGAGUUACAAUACAUUCGAGAAGCAAUUCUGUUGGAGGCGCCGCUCAACGCUCAUUUAUAUCGGUUACGUCGAAACAAGAAUGAGGCGGGACCUGGACGCAUACUCCUCGCAAUCUGCGCCCGUGGAGUUCGUAUUUAUACUGAAGAGAAAACGCCGCGCAUCUUCGCUUGGAACAACAUCGGCAAACUCUCCUUCGAUGUAACGCAAAAGUUCGAAAUUCGAGCGGUUGAUCAGCCACACAAACUCACUCUCUACAGUGGCUGCGAUGACAAGAGUAAACACCUUUUGGGACUUUGCCGUGACACUCAUCAAUUUUCCAUGGCUAUAGCACCUAAAGUAAAUGAAGCUAAGAGACAAGAAGAAGAAGAACGGAAAAUGUUGAGGGAUUGUUACAUGUAUCCUACCCAAUGCAAGCUGAGCUUAAAAACGUGCGGUGCGCGCAGCGACCAACGAAUUUCUGUCAUUUCGAGUACAUCCUCAAACACUACUUCCGGUAUUGUCAGCGAUCGGGUGCACAGUGAAGACGAACCGGAUACUGCACCUGCAUCAACAGAAUGUUUGCCACAUCUUACCGAAACGGCGUCUUAUUCGACCGCGCAAAGUAGAAUCUUAAACUGCACGAAUGUGGAAACGGACGGUUGCUCUGUACCUUCUCCUGUUAUCGACGAGUUUGAUGAUUCCGGUGUCAAUUCCACGUUGAUGGAGCGUUUUGCAACGAACACUAUGAUGGCUACCGAAGGUUCACAGUGCAGCAGCAGCUGCAGCACAAUUGUCAUCGUUAAUACACUACGAGCAGGCAUCACAAUGCGUCGCACUUCAGCAACUUCUAGCUUGGAAUUAGGCUAUUCACACACGGCACAAAACUCCGCAAGUUCCUCGGAAACAGUCAGUUACCCUAGCACUAUUUACGACAGGUGUAAAAAGACAGGUACUGAUAUUGCGAGCGAGACAAGUGGUGUAUACACAUUGAGAAGCAAUGAAAUCCAAGACGAAAGAAUCGGCGAUAAUUUAUAUUCACCUACUGGCGAGACCAAUGUUUCUUCAGCGGCAAGCGAUGUUUGUGCUCUCAGUUGCAUUCAAUCUUCCACCGACGAGGCAUCUGUUACGUCCGGUUUUUAUACCACUCACAGCGGGUUACAGUCCGAAAGUAGUGACGCUUAUACCGUUGGCACAGAAGAUCAGGAACCCAUAUACAGCAUUUGUAAAGAUGAUGACGAGGUCUCUCUUAAUCAACGACUCGAGGACUCGCGCUCGCGCAGCAACAGCAUACUCACGGGCAGCUUCCGUGGCGACGGAAGUGAUCCGUCCAGAGCGAGGCCGCUUUUAUCGGCCGACGAAUUAUCAGACCUGAUAGUCGGUCGAUCCCCGCGUAAGACCAUUAGCAAUUCCAUGGAUUCGGAUUGCGAUUACAUGACUAUGCCACCUCCGCCACCGCCACC